GGCGGGGCCGCGAGCGGGCUGGGCGGCGUGGCGGAGCUGGCUGGGCGCCCCCGGCCAAGGUGCGAGCGAACCGCGGCGGGCUCGGGCGCGGAGCGGGGGCGCGCGGCGCGGAGCAGCCCAGCCCAGCGCAGCCGGGCCCGGAGCCUCGCGGGUGGACACGAGCCGGCGGGCGGCGGCGGCGGGGGUGGUUCUCAGCUCGGCCGGUGCAGGGCCUCCGACCGACCGCGGCCGAGCGGGGCCUGGGCGCGGGCGCCGGGGAAGCCCGCCGCGGCGGGCGCAGGAGGAAGCGGCGGCGGCGCGUCCCGAGCCGUGCGCGCCAUGUCGGGCGGGCCCCCCAAGGGCCUGCCGUCCACCGGGCCCCACUCCCUGCUCGACAUGCCGCACCCGCUGGCCGGCUCCAGCAGCGAGGAGGCCGUGGGCGGCGACAGCACGCCCAGCCCGGACCUGCUGAUGGCCCGCAGCUUCGGCGACAAGGAUCUCAUUUUGCCCAACGGUGGUACUCCGGCAGGUACUUCGAGUCCAGCUUCCUCAUCUUCCCUUCUCAACCGACUUCAGCUUGAUGAUGACAUUGAUGGUGAGACCAGAGAUCUCUUUGUCACAGUUGAUGACCCCAAGAAGCAUGUCUGUACCAUGGAGACCUACAUUACGUAUAGGAUCACCACCAAAAGUACGCGGGUAGAGUUUGACCUGCCAGAAUAUUCUGUUCGUCGAAGAUACCAGGAUUUUGACUGGCUGAGGAACAAACUGGAGGAAUCCCAGCCGACUCAUCUCAUUCCCCCGCUUCCUGAGAAGUUUGUGGUGAAGGGUGUUGUAGAUCGUUUUUCAGAAGAGUUUGUGGAGACCAGAAGAAAAGCUUUGGAUAAAUUCCUAAAAAGAAUUACAGAUCAUCCUGUGCUCUCUUUCAAUGAACACUUUAAUGUUUUCCUUACUGCUAAGGACCUGAACGCCUACAAGAGGCAGGGGAUGGCAUUGCUGUCUAGAGUGGGCGAGUCCGUCAAGCACGUCACCGGAGGCUACAAGCUGAGGAGUCGACCUCUGGAGUUUGCAGCCAUAGGCGACUACUUAGAUACCUUUGCACUCAAACUGGGAACCAUUGAUCGAAUAGCCCAGCGGAUCAUCAAAGAAGAAAUAGAGUACCUUGUAGAGCUGAGAGAAUACGGGCCUGUGUACUCCACGUGGAGUGCAUUAGAAGGGGAGCUAGCUGAGCCCCUGGAGGGCGUCUCAGCUUGCAUUGGCAACUGCUCGACGGCCUUGGAAGAGCUAACGGAUGACAUGACAGAAGACUUUCUACCUGUGCUCAGGGAAUAUAUUUUAUACUCUGACUCUAUGAAGAGCGUACUGAAGAAGAGGGACCAAGUGCAAGCAGAGUACGAAGCCAAACUAGAAGCUGUGGCCCUGAGGAAGGAAGACCGCCCCAAGGUGCCGGCAGAUGUUGAGAAAUGUCAGGAUCGGAUGGAGUGUUUCAACGCUGAUCUGAAAGCCGACAUGGAGCGGUGGCAGAGCAACAAGAGGCAGGACUUCCGGCAGCUGCUCAUGGGAAUGGCCGACAAGAACAUCCAAUACUACGAGAAGUGCCUCAUGGCAUGGGAGUCGAUUAUUCCACUGCUACAGGAGAAACCAGAGGCCAAUGCAUAAACCAGGAACCUGAUUUUUCGUCAGCCCACCCAAUAGGUGGUUAGCUUUCUGCUUUAAGCAUGUCUGGCCUCCCUACAGUCGCCCGGAUGAGAGCGUGCACAGAGCUAUCUGCGUUAGGAAAGGUGGAGGAAAGGCCUUUGUCACGGGGAGUUUGAUCGUUGUUUCUUAAUCGUAUGUUUGAAUUGCAUUCUGGGUCUGGCUGUCUAACCCUUUCUAUGUGGCAGAAAAAUAUGUUCUUCAGGCAGUUUUUACUACUAUAGAUAGCCUGUAAAUAAGUACUUUGGGGAAAAAAUAACAAACCAGUAAGAUAUUUGUCUUAUAUAGAAACAUUCUGUGUUGUUUAGCACUUGAAAAUCAACAAAUCCAGACUUUUAAAAUUGCCACAGACUGUUGAAAGCCUAACUCUACUUUUUGAGAAUUGUCAACACCUACUAAUAUGCCUUAUUCUUCAACUAGUGUGUUUUAGAUUCUGGAUAGAAAGAAUUUUUUAGAAACGUAAUCAGUUGUUCAGCUUAAAUGCUCGAGGUCUAACAUAGCCAGUCCUCAGCCCUCUUAAAGAAAUAUGAAAGUGAGGUUCAUAAUUAGGGCUGCCUUUUGGGAAGAGAAAGCUAAGUAUUGCUAUUGCCAAAUGAUAUUUUUGAUAAUGUAAGGAAACACAGGGACCACUGAACCGUUUGUGUGUGUGUGUGUGUGUGUGUGUUAAAGUGUGAAAGAUUAACUUAGUGCCUUUUGGCACACUCUUGAUUGUAGAGGAUAUAUGGUAUCAGCAUUGACAAAUCACGUAGAUACAGAGAACUCUAGAUUAUGACAAUAUUAAUAGUGUACCCAGAUUCUGCGGAACAGUUUUUUAAAAGAUAACUGGGGGCGGGGUGGGGGGCUCAGAGCAGCGUGUGUCAGAUAGAAAUUCUUCACAGGUUGAAAUGCCAAAAACCUAAAACCCAUUGAUACUUUAGUCCAUUUUAAUAGAGCUUUUACUAUUAAAACCAGUGACGGAGUAUUGCAACAUGCACGUCCCUGGCAAUGCCACCCCCUCACCAGGUGAUUCUGGGCUUCCUGCAUGCCAGGUCAGAGCAGGUCACACCUGUCCCCACCCCUGAGUAACAGGUUGUUCACAGUCUCAGACCAACCCUUCAGUCUCGAUGGUACCGGAAGGAGAAAAGGGGGGUGGCUUUUUUCCGCAGGGUGGGAACGGGGAGGGGAAAGCAGAUUGCCAACAAGAUGAGAAUCUGUAUGAUAAAAAGACACCUGUGUCGGCUGGGCCUUCGUCAGACAACAAACCAGCAGCUGUUAGCAGUCAGCACCACCACCUGGACACCCCUGAGGUCUGGUCCUGUCCCAUAGGCACCCCCGACCAUUGUACUUCCGUGUGCCUGAUUCCUCGAUGUCCGCGCAUUGGGAAUGCAUUGAGAGAUGAUGUACAUCUGAUAUAUUUCCAUAAAAUAAACUGCCAGCAACCUUUCUAACUUGUAUUUUAACUGUUGAAAAAGAGAUUCAAAACUUUUGCUUAGGUCAUGUCCAAAGUGUGGACUGUAUUUCUUAUUUUUAGAGGUCAUUCUUCACAUUUAAAAUUUUAGAAGAACCCCUCCCUCCGCCCAAGGUAUUGAUGAAGUCCUCCCUCCGUGUAAAUGUGUUCUCUUCUCUCCAUGCUGCCAAUAAGCCAAAUCAAAAGCUGUGAAAAAAAAAAAAAAAUGUGCUCAAGAAUGUGUGUGGACGAGAAAGUGAUUUAUUCCCAGGUCAAAGUCUCUGUUUCAUGAAGCUACCAAACUUUAAAAAGAAUGUCACCUUUUUUUCUUUCUUUGUUAUGGAACCCAGAGAUUGUAAAAAGAAAAAAGUUUUGUUGCAUUUUUUGAUGCUGGCACGAGGUUUUUGUCCACUUUUUUUCAUAUAUCUGUGUAUAAAAAAACUCUGUCCAUUGUUUACUAUGAAAUUAGUAUUACAUUUUGAGGUAAACAAAAGAAUUUGUAUUGCUUGUUAACUAUUAGCUUGUAAAUUUAAAAGGUUUCUUUACCUCAAUUAACUUAAAGUAAUGGACCAAUAAACCUACGAAUGAUGCUUUCUUUA